AUGGGUGCGCUGCCGUGGGACCCAUCACGAUUGUCACCAUCGACUGGUAGGCUUGGACCGGGGGAGAUGGAGAAGGAGGAGGAGGAGGAGGAGGAGGAGGACAAGUUAUGCCAGCACCGCCCUCGUCCCUGGGCGGCGGCGGCAACGAUGGAUAAGGACAUGGGCAGCGUUGCCAGCGUGGACCAGCAUGAGCUCAUAAGUUUCCUUGACGACACGGAUACGGACGCGGACGAGUUUAUCCUCUGCUCGUCUACUAACUUGUCCCCUUCUUCCAUUCCCAUUGCGCCCUUUCCGAUCGACGAGGACGAGAUCGACAGAGAUCUUUCAUCAACAAGAACAAGAACCAGCACCAGCACCAGCACCGACAUUAUUUUCAAUAGUAUCCGUAAUAAUACUUCAUUCUACUCUUCCGCACGCUCAAGCUUCUCGUCAUCGACAACAACAAUAACAACAACAACAAAUUUGACUUUUACGACGACAUCGGCUGCAUCAACCACCACAACGACAACGGCGACAAUGGCGCCAACGACCAUUACCAACAGCUUCCUCAGCAUUGGGGGAGGUGACAACAACGCCGCUAGGAACAAUGGCAAGAAGACAGCAGUAGCAACAGCGGAGACGGCGGCCGGUGGACGGACCAGCGAGGAUAGCGUGGACCGGUCUCACGGCCUCUGGAACUAUUUGCAUCACGGACUCGACGGGUACAGCUCGCCCGAUCUGCGUCUGCUCCAGCACCACCAGCAACAGCAUAAACAAUCCCCUUCGUCAUCGUCAUAUCAUAACCUCUACUUACGGCCCGACUCGUCGAGGAGCCACCAGCACUUUCACUUUCCCCGGACGAGCUCCGAGUCGGGUUCCCGCUCUGGCUCUGGCACUGGCUCUUCCGCGACCGCGACCGCGAACUCGACGACGUGGACACUGAGGAGCAGCAAGAGCCACGAGAAGAGCAAUAGCAGCGGCAGCAAGAAGACCACGGCGACGACGGUGUCUGCCGCGAACUCGGCGACGAUGCCAGCGAAGCCGACAAAGGUCAAUACCACCGGAUCAGCAGCAAUUGCUGUGCCGCCUCCGCCGGUAUCGCCUACAUCGUCGGGACCCUUUGGGGCGCAGAUGACGAAGCAAGAAUUCGAGGCGUUGCCGGAAGCCAUUCAGCGAAAGCGCAGCCAGCCAGCCGCCCCCCUUCCCCCAGCCGAGGAAGUUUGA